UAUCUCAUAUCCCAAACUCCAAAAAGGAGCGACAUAGUCGGUCAGACUCAGGCUUCUGUUUCUCCAUAGUCCUUACUCAGACGCUUCAGCCAAAAAAAAAAAAAAAACCAUGCUUUUUCCUUGAAAUUCCUCGUUGCCUCCCUUUCACUCCCCUUUAACCACACUUUUUAUCUCUAAACCCAACGAGGAAAAAAAACGAAAGGGCAAAGAAAGCAAAAGAAAAGGAGAGGAAUCUGUGCAUGUUGAUUGUUGGGUGGUAAAUCUUUGUAGUGGUAUCAGGGCUUACGUUAACUCUGCCAUCAAAGAUUCUGUUCCUUUUUCUCAUCACUCUCACCCGCUGUUACUCACUUUCCUCCUUGUCUCCCCUUUAAUAUUUUCUUCUUUCUCUUUCUAUAUAUUCAUUUCAUUGUUCCAAAAGAAACCAUUUCUUGCAGCAGCAAAAACAAAGGGAAGAAUCAUUGUUCUUUGAUAUGGCAACUAAGCUUCUUUUAACCUUUGCUAUUUGUAGAUUGAUUGUUACUGUGGGAUUGACCCUGGACCCCACGGAGCUUCUCCGCCUGGGUGUUGAUGGUCAACUCAGCGUUGACCCCACCGACCUGGAAACGGCUUCACUCGAUUUUGGCUUGCUCACCCGAGCUGAGCCACUCGCUGUCUUGCAUCCGUCUUCGGCUCAGGACAUAGCUCAGCUUGUGAAAGCAGCCUACGGAUCAAAUCACAUGUUUACCUUGUCGGCUAGGGGACAUGGGCAUUCCAUAAACGGACAGGCUCAGACUACAAACGGGGUUGUGAUACAGAUGAGUGGGUCGAAAGGGGGGAGGGGGCUGGCCUCAGGGAGGAAGCCACCUCAGCCCCGAGUUUGGGCUCGAGAGAGGUACGUGGACGUGUGGGGUGGGGAGCUUUGGAUAGAUGUGUUGAUGAGUACCCUAGAGUAUGGACUCGCACCAAAAUCAUGGACCGAUUACUUGUACCUUUCUGUUGGUGGGACUUUGUCAAAUGCUGGAAUUAGCGGCCAAGCUUUCAACCAUGGUCCACAGAUUAGCAAUGUCUACGAGCUUGACGUUGUUACAGGAAAAGGUGAGCUCUUGACAUGCUCGGAAGAACAAAACUCAGAGCUGUUUCAUGCUGUUCUUGGCGGUUUAGGACAAUUCGGAAUUAUCACCAGAGCUAGAAUUUCUCUUGAGCCAGCUCCGCAAAGGGUGAGGUGGAUCAGGGUACUGUAUUCCAAAUUUUCGGAUUUUACCAGGGACCAAGAGUAUCUCAUUUCCCUGCCUGCACAACCAGCUAGCCAAAAAUUCGACUAUGUCGAAGGUUUCGUUAUUGUAGACCAAGGGCUCAUCAACAAUUGGAGAUCUUCCUUCUUUUCCCCUCGAAACCCUGUCAAAAUUUCGUCCCUGGGGGCUGAUGGAGGCGUGUUGUAUUGCUUGGAAAUCACCAAGAACUACCAUGAAUCUACUGCUGAUGCCACUGAUCAGCUUAGGGUGGUCUUUUUAUUGCAGGAAGUAGAGUCUUUGUUGAAGAAAUUAAAUUUUAUACCGACAUCAGUGUUUACAACUGAUCUGCUGUAUGUGGAUUUCUUGGACCGGGUUCACAAGGCCGAGUUGAAGCUCCGGUCCAAGGGUUUGUGGGAGGUUCCACACCCAUGGCUAAACCUUUUUGUUCCUAAAUCAAAGAUUGCUGACUUCGAUAAGGGAGUCUUCAAGGGCAUUUUGGGGAAUAAAACGAGUGGGCCAAUUCUCAUCUACCCAAUGAACAAAAACAAAUGGGACCAUAGGAGCUCCGUGGUGACGCCCGAUGAGGAUGUGUUUUACCUGGUGGCAUUGCUAAGAUCAGCUUUGGAUAAUGGGGAAGAGACCCAGAGCUUGGAGUACCUGAACAAUCAGAAUCGUCAGAUUCUCAGAUUCUGUGAUGACGCUGGAAUCAAUGUGAAGCAAUAUUUACCUCAUUACACUACACAAGAGGAGUGGAUGCACCACUUCGGCAAUAACUGGGAUCGGUUCUAUCAAAUGAAAAUGGAAUUUGACCCAAGGCAUAUUUUGGCCACAGGCCAACAAAUUUUCACACCCACCUUCCCUUCCUCUUCGAAUAUGGCUUCAUGGUGAUCGACGACCAUUGAUACAAACAAAGCUAGAAACAGACAUUAACGUACUGACUUGGGAAUAUUCUUGUUCUUGCUGUACAUAGAAAUGGCAUAAGAGGAGGCAAGAAGGGAAGCAAAUUGGAAAGAGAGUAGACUUGGGAGAAUUAGUACUCUCGCGCUGUGUGAAGUUCGGAAGGGGAAUUGACAUCAGAUGGUGGAAAGAGGAGGAUUG